AGUAGCAUGGGAUUUUAUUACUAAGCAACAGAGACCAGCGCAUACCGGCGAAUUGGUAAAAACGGUAGUAAACUGUACCAUCGACUUUAACCACAUUCAGAGAACAUAUGCCAAAUAAGCCUUCGCUUAGACUCUGCGUUCCGUUGUCGUUAUACUGUGAUAAGUUAUUUUCCGCAUGAGAUAGGAUCAGAUCGAGCAGGUUGCUCUGUCAUGAAUAAAAUUAAAGAUCCCCCGUUUGCUGCGACAGAAAUGCAUGCGAACAAUCUCCAAAAUCACGACUCUCACUGUGGAACCGAUGUGGCCCGUGCACGCUGGGCUCUUCUGCGACAGGUUCUGAAACAGAAGCAGCUCGACAGUUCAGAUGUUCAGCAGGUGUCAGUGCGAAGAUUCUCCUCCUUUAACCUGUUCUCCAGGAGCAGGGUCACUCCCACAGAGACGGAUGAGCCAUCGGACCGGCAGUGGGUGGAGUACAGAAGUGCAAUCUUUCCUCAGUACAGUGCCUUACUCAGAGACAAUCUUGGUCCAAUUAGAGUGAAUGAGGUGCUCAGCAGCUUUGACAACACAGGAAAUGUCUGUGUCUGGCCUUCUGAAGAGGUGAUGGCCUACUAUUGCCUGAGAAGCAAGGGGCACUUUUUGAGGGGCUCCGCGGUGUGUGAGCUGGGUGGAGGGAUGACGUGUCUGGCAGGUCUCAUGAUUGCGGUUUGUGCUGAUGUGAAGGAAGUGCUGCUAUCUGAUGGCAACGAGAAGGCAAUUCAAAAUGUGCGCAGUGUAAUCGAGAGGAACAGGCGAGAGGGGCUCUUCCUGUCUACCAAUGUGUCCAGCAGGGUGGUGAGAUGGGACAAUGAGGCCGAUAUGUCCGCUCUGGAGGAUCGCUUUGACGUGGUGAUGUGCGCUGACUGUCUGUUUCUUGACCAGUACAGAGGGAGUCUGGUUGAUGCACUAAGAAGAUUACUGCGACCUGAUGGCACGGCUCUAGUAUUUGCCCCUACCAGAGGAGACACACUGGCAGAAUUCUGCAGACUGGCAGAAAGCGCAGGCCUGAGAGUGUGUCGCUAUGACAACUACGACUCACACUUGUGGGACCUUCACCUGAAGAUGCAGAGAGAGGGAAAGGAGGUGUACGAUGAGAACAUCCACUAUCCUCUUCUCCUCACUCUCACUCACGGAUCCAGUCCAGCCCUGAUCUGAGCUGGGCAAAGCCAUCUCAUGCCAGGCUGCCUUUCUGUACC